GCUUCGCUGAGCGGUGUAGAGCCGAGGGAGGAAGAAGAAGAACAGCAAAGUGCACUACCUCAUGGAGGCAGUGAUAGAGAUGCUAACCACUCGAGUGAAAACGACGGGGAUGUGCUUCAAGCGGAAGGGGCCGUGCACGAAGCGGGGGGAAGCGCUAACGGUAGCAAAGAGGGGGAGGGAAAGAAAACCGGUGGCACCUAUCUCAACUUAGACGGAGGUAGCCCACACAAGUCAGGUGAAGAGAGUGACGAGGUCCCCGUCGAUACAAAGGACAGUGUUACUAACAUCGAACAAAUGCACCUGAACGAAAAGAAAAAUGGCCUCUUCGAUGUCGAAAUUAAGGAUAUAAACGAUUGGAAGUCCAAAUAUAGACACUUGACAUCAUCCUUCCGUAAAUUGGAGAAGGAAAUGAACAAAACGAUCAACAGUGAACACAUCGAGCAAAUAACGAGACGAAGCAUUAAGCAGCACAAAGACUUCCUAGACAACGAGUAUAAGGAGUGGCUGUCCGUUUUGCUAAAGACCGUUUCGGAGUUCAAAAAAAAUAUUGGGGCUCACGUUUCCGAGCUGAACGAAAAGGAGUACCAAAUUUUGUCCAAAAAUAUCUUCGAAGAUUUCCGGGAGAAAUACUUGGAAGAGAGACACCUAAACAUCGUCCUCUAUUUGACCGUGACCAAGCACGAUAUACCAGUUGACGAGAAUGUUGGGAAGUACCUCCAGGGGUGUUACGAAUCGGUGAACACGGACAAGACGCUGCACAAUACCAUACAGAAGCUUCUGGAAGUGAAUGCGCAAAUUAGGGACAUAGGCGGGAGAACGGGCACCUGGGAUGACGAUGAACACAACUACUUUAUGAAGGUGUACGAGAGCAAUGCGAAUUGGGGAGAUGAGGUUGUCAUUAGCAUGCUGAAAAGCUGCAUGAACAAAUCGGAGGAAGAAAUUAUUGAACACGUGUCUUGGUACAAGCAGUUCAUCUCGUACAACAACAUAAAGAACCGGUGCCUGAACAGCAUCAGCAUCGUUAAUGUGAAUGAACAGCGCAAAAACGACUCCAAAGUUGAGGAGAAAAAACACAUGAUACAGAAGUGGAGGGAGAAAAAACAGCAAGAGUCGGCAAUCAAGAUGAAGGAACUGCAAGAGAUGAAAAAGGAGGAAAUGAAGAUAAACAAAAUAAUUCGCGAGAACAUCAAAAAGAAAAAGCAGAUGAUACAGGAGCAGCUGAACAGCAAAAAGGAGGAAAUGAAGAAAAACGUAACGCACAAAAAUGGGAAAAAAAUGGGAAAAAAAAAGGAAAACAAGGGAACCAAUGGUGGGCUCCUCCAUCACGAGGAGGACAUACACGAUCGCUCGUGAAUGGAAAAGCAGCAGAGGAGCGUCCUGUCUGAGGAAUCGUUGCAGAGGAUUAAUGAGCGGAAUGAACGCAUUUUACAAAAGAAGGUGCAGUCGAAUUUGACCCUUAACGAGGAGACCAACGAGCGGGAAAAAAAAACAACCAAGCAGAAGUAUAUGCACAUCCAGAGCAAGCUACUGAGCAACACA